AUGGCAUUAACCAAGGAUAUCCUUGGUUUAGGUCGUACAAAAUCAGGUGAGCUAUCUGUUGCUCAGCGCUCAGCUAUUAUUUAUGCCCACCAGGCCGGUGCCACCCAGUCAAAGCUAGUACUCGAUUUUAGGUGCUCCCGCCGAACGAUUUACAAUACUUUGAAACGGUUCAAAGAACACAAUACUGUUAAAUCUCUCCCUCGAACCGGUCGCCCAAGGAUCUUUAGUGAUCGAACUCGCCAUUUACUUUUUAUACUCGCCCGCCGGCACCCCUUUUGGUCCUAUAAAACGCUGAGUUGUGCUAUACCUGGAUAA